UGGUAGAAACUCAUAGUGUCUAAGUAACUGGCAGACGACAUCGUAAUAUUUAAGGUUAACACUGUAAAAACAUCAAGGGUUUUUAAUUACAUAAGUUUGGCAUAUUUUUAAGAUCAUGGGAGGUCAUCACCAUAUUACACCUCCACCAGUUCCUGAUUAUAGAAUUUACAAAGUUGAAGAAUCGCCAACAUAUAGUAAAGUGCAAGAACGCUUGGCCAAGCAUGGACUAAAAGAUCCAUGGGCACGAAAUUAUGUUUGGCGUUGCUAUUUGAACAAAGGGAUAAAACGUCCUCACUGGGUUAUGUUCGACUUCUUUACUUGGGGAUGGAAAUAUUGGGUUCCUCUACUUGGUAUUGUAAUUGGAGCUGAACAAUUUUUGGGAAUCGAUUAUCAUGGGCAUGCCAAGCAAAAGCAUGGUCAUGGUCAUGAUCAUGAACACCAUUAAAGUGAAUACAUUCUUAGCAGAAAGUUAAAAAUUCUUUAUUGUACAAAUUGGAAAAAUAAUUUGUUAAUUUAUGUACCUACACAUUUAAAGUGUAAUAAAAGUAUGUUAGGAAAAUAA